AUCGGGAACCUGCGUGGAGCGUUGCGUGCAUCUCGCACUCCCUGCUCGUCUCGUAGCCUUUGAUAGUGCAGAGCACAGUUCGAUUGGGGCGAGUCGAUAUGUUUGGAACCCCUGUUUGUUCAUUUAAAUGUUCUACUCCGGUUCAGUAACCUGUCGUGAUCAUUCUGGGAUUUGCGGUUUGCAGAUCGUGAAAUUGGGGUCCCUAUUACGUAUGUUGCAGCUUGGGAAAGUAAACUGUCCAGUAUUUGGCGGACUUUUUGUAUGUCCACUCUAAUUUAGCGCUGGUGUAGGUGAUUACCUUCGCAUUACCACAAUAGCUUGUUGCAUCGAAACAUAUUCAGAAUCAACCACUGAAGCUCGCGCCAUGGGCUCUGAUUUGAAACAUAAUGGCUCGUCAAGAGAGUUAGAAGUUCCUGUGAUAGACUUGCAAGGAUCACGUGGGGAACGCCGCAGCGUCGUGGUGCAACAGAUUCGAAGUGCUUGUGUAGAAUGGGGCUUGUUUCAGGUUAUCAAUCACGACAUAUCUCCGGCUCUGAUGAAGAAGAUGUUUCAAGUGGCUAAGGAGUUCUUUGAUCUCCCCACGGAGGAGAAGUGGAAGUAUUCUUCGUCGGAAAGGACCACUACUGUCGAUCUUUUUCAUGGAUAUGGAACUAAAGAAUUUGGUACUAAAGGAGCCUUGGACCAAGGCGAUCAAUUGCGUCACCGGACAUUGCCACUUUCGGCCAGAGCUUAUGAACAGUGGCCCUCCCAUCCGCCGUCUUUCAGAGAAAUAGAAGAGGAAUUCACUCAAGAGCACCACAAACUGAAGGAACACUUGUUUGAGCUCAUUUCCGAGAGCUUGAACCUAAGGUCGUCAUUUCUCAACGACUUCUUUGGUAAAGAUUACGCACAAACCUUUUUAAUUAACCAUUACUUAGCUUCAGUGGAGCAGACUCCGUCCAUGGGCUUACAGAAUCACUCGGAUAUCUGUGCACUCACCGUCUUGAUGCAAAGCGUUUCGGGGUUGCAAGUGAUGAAAGACGGAGAGUGGGUUUCCGUGGAGCCCAUCCAAGAUGCAUUUGCUGUCAAUUUGGGCGACCAGUUCGAGAUUCUGACGAAUGGGUUGUACAAGUCGCCAUUGCAUCGGGCUCUUUUGAACAGCUCAGAGCGGUUUUCCGUAGGGGUCUUCUCUUGUCCACCGGACGACAAAGUGGUUACCCCAAUACCCGAAUUGGUAGCUGAGUUCCCGCCCUUGCGGUACAAGGCCAGUACCUACGCACAGUAUCGGGCGGAGGUUAUGACUGUUCCUGACAUGGUCAAAACCCUCACUCCUGACCUAUAAACCAUCCACAACAGCUGCUCUCCUGCUUUGCGAUAGUUUGCAACGGAUUCAGUCGACGACUUAUCGUAUGCUUAGAAACAAACAGAGAGACAUGCUGUGAAAGAGACUCCUGAGGUUCAUCUUCCUGGCUUUCCCUUCAUUUCCUUUCCUGCUCAGAAGCAGAAGCAGAAGCAGCAGCAGCGAGUCCUCCGCUAGGGUUGCUCGGAGUUUUGCUAUCUUUGCCCCGCAUGGAGGCAAAUAGGUUGAGGCUUGACUCUGUUUCGCUUCUCUCGGACGAAGAAACGAGAUUUGCAAGAAUGUGGUUCUCUCUCUCUCUAUAUAUAUAUCAAUUUUCAAUUAACAUGUACAUAUUAGUUGGGAUAAUUUAAUACUAAGAUAAAGAAUUUAUAAUGCA